AUGGCUUUUUGUUACAAUGUGAACAUUAGGCAAGAAAACGAGCCUAAUUUAGAAGAAUUCAGUGAUAAUGUUUUCAAAAUCAAUACAGAGUUUCGUUACGUUUCAUCUCUCAAUGUCGAAACCACCCUAGAUAUCUUUAAUCAAACCUUGGUUUUUGGUCGAGACAUGUUUUUAUCCGAACAACAUCAUCGAGACAUCAUUCUUUGCAUGGUUCUUGAUUCAAGAGCUUCUCCAGAAUUCAUCGAGUCCGCCGUCUUUGCUCCUAUUUUACUUUUUGCAAGGGAUGCAAAUAGCAACCCAAUGAACUUUGGGCUUAAAGUAAUAAAUAUGAAGGUGGUUGUGGAAAUAAUUGUUGAUGUGAGCAUCAUCGAGGAUGAUGAUAUUAAUUAUGAUGAUGAGUUGAUUGACGAAUCAUUGAUGAAUACUGUGAUCAAUUUCAUGCCAGCAAGUAGGUCAUCGAUUGAAGGUUUGGACAGGGUUAGAUGGGAUCCAAUGACGAAGAGGGAGGAUGAAUGCGCCAUUUGCUUGGAGGAGUUUGUGAAAGGCAAGGAGGUUGCUUCGAUGCCUUGCGGUCAUGGUUACCAUGAUGGUUGCAUCGCUAAAUGGUUGGAAACUAGUCAUCUUUGUCCAUUGUGUCGAUAUCAGAUGCCCACUUUGAUUCACCUUUAA